AUGGCAUCUUCUUCCAACAAUUUUCACUAUCAUUAUGAUGCAAAUGAUGAUAGUUUAGAUCACUGGAAAUGGAAAAAUUUUCCCGGGAUGGUUGGCAGCAUCGACUGUAUGCACUGGAAAUGGAAAAAUUGCCCAACCGCUUGGAAAGGAAUGUAUUCACGAGGCACCGAUAAACCAACUAUUGUUUUGGAGGCGGUGGCUUCAGAAGAUCUAUGGAUAUGGCACGCAUUUUUUGGGGCGCCAGGUACUUGUAACGAUUUAAAUGUACUUGACCAAUCACCAGUAUUUAAUGACAUUAUUUACGGUCGAGCUCCCGAACUGAAGUACAAUGUCAACGGAAGGGAGUAUAAUUUGGCUUACUACCUGACGGAUGGGAUUUACCCCGAAUGGGCGACAUUUGUUAAAUCCAUCCCACGACCACAACACCCGAAACAUCGUUUGUUUGCAGAACAUCAAGAAGGUGUGCGAAAAGAUGUUGAGCGUGCAUUCGGAGUCCUCCAAUCUAGAUUCGCGAUAAUUAAAAAUCCAUCUCUUUUAUGGUCGAAAGAUGAACGAGAUUCAUACACUCUCGAACAAGAAUUGGAACAAGAAAAUGGAACCGGAACUACUCCGGGUCGUUCGUUUUCAGUAAGUAUGGCUUCAAAUCUCGAGGGUUUUGGUGAUGGUCACACAAGAAUUCGUGAUAGACAAGCACAUCACCAAUUGAAAGAGGAUUUGAUUGAGAAUAUAUGGAAUAAAUUUGGAUAUUAA